AGGGCGGGAAGUUCAGUUGGCGCCGCGCGCUGACAGGAGGGGCCGCGCGGGCGGGGGGCAGCGUCGCCGCCGCCACACCGGCCCCUCGGCGGGCCGCGCACCGCUGCUGCGGCUCGUGUGGCGUCUUUCCGUGGUAGGAGUUGGUGGAAGCUGUGAACAGUGCAGCGGGUACGGAAAACCUGAAGACUGACGUUUCUUGUAACAUACCGGUAAAGGCUUUUUAGGCAGAAUGUCAAAUUGGCCCUGAGGCAGGAUUCCUUAUAUUUGAAGAUGCCACUCUUUGGGAAUAUUAUUGUAAUUAAACGGAACGGGACUGAUGGAAUUAGUUUUCCACUCACUGCAAGUUCUUGUUUAUUUGGAAGGAGAACAGAAUGUGAUAUUCGCAUCCAGUUACCUCAGGUCUCAAAAGAACAUUGUAAAAUUGAAGUAAAUGAGAACAAGGAGGCAAUAUUGACUAAUUUAAGUACAGUAAAUCCUACGCAGCUGAAUGGUGGUUGUUUUCAGCAGCCUGUACCUCUGAAACAUGGAGAUGUGUUAACUAUUAUUGAUCGUUCUUUCAGAUUUGAAUAUCCUCUGCAGUCAACACCAAGAAAGGGGCGUUCUAGGUCUCCAAAAGAUGAAACACUGCAGGUUCUUCAUGUUCAGCAGGUGGCAGAAAUGGAGUUACUACACCAACAAACUCCAGGAUCUAAAAGUCUUCAUGUGUCAGAUGAUGCUGAGUUUGAAGAAAAAAAUGCCAAUGAAAUUAAACAAAGUACAGAGGAAAAUACUUCCAAAGCUUUACCCAUCAAACUGCAAACACCCAAAUCUUCAUGCAGAAUACAUCAAAUCAUUACAAAGAAAAAUGAAAAGUCUCCCUUCACUAAACUCUAUGAGAAACUGAAAUAUGAGAUUCAGGUGAAAAAUUUCCUGUACAACGGAAAUGCAUCUCAAGAAGCUGCAAAAGAAGGUGGUAAGAGUGUUCCGCUAGAACCAAGUGCUCAAAUUUUAUCAUCAAGCUGUGUUCAUGAUCUGGGAAACCUGACUGAAGAAAAAGGAAUAGGCAGAAGUGAAAAGAUUGAAGAAUGCAAAAUAAAGCAAAAAGUUAACAGUUUAGAGUUUAAUGAGAUCUCAGCUGCUGGAAGCGCUACCAAUAAGAGUUUUACCAGAAGUCCUCAAACUUCUGUUUCAGAGGAGAUAUCAAGAGAUACUGGUAAAAGUCACUUGCAGGGUCAUAAGGAACUAAGUCCAGCAGAGAAACCUAAUGGUACUGAAGUUACGAGCAAACCCAGUAAGGAAAAUGAUGGAAAUGCAGCAUUUCCACUGGAGCUAUGCCCUGUAGAAUGCUUGGAUCAUACAGAUACAAUUAAAACACACAGCUCUGCAAUAGCAUUAGAUGAACGAGCACAAACAGCUAACAUGACUAAUGUUUCUGAAGUAGAUAAAUAUCUUCUGUCUACACCAACACCCAGAAGGAAGAGUUCCCAGUCUCAUUUCAUAUCACCUACCAGAGAAACUAGUGGAAUGAAUCCUGUAAAUAAUGGUACUCCAACAACUCGACGACGUGUGUCGUCAAAACAUAAGUCUCUUUCAGAAAUUUCAGCUGAAACUGAAAGAGAAGAUUCAGUGAGCCGAAAUGAUAGCCUCAAACAACUGCCUUUGGUGGAAGAUAAGUGCUUAAAACAAAGACAAAAUAGUAAACAACAUACACCAGGAAAACCUGUAGAAGAAGUAGUGCUGAAAGAAAUUUGUGAUCAGGCAAACUCUGUUAACUCAAAAGAGGGACAUUCUGAAACUCCUGCCUCUCUUUCUAAAUCCAGGAGUCCCAGAAGAAAUAACAGACAAAAUGACAAAUUAUCAAACAAAAGUGUCCAUUCGGAGACACUAGCUUCCGUAGAGUUAAUGUCAGAGCUGGCAUCUCCUGCUAGUCAGAAACCUGACUCUGGAAGAAGGAGGAGUAGGUGGAGGACCUCUGUACUGCUAACUGAAAAAGUACUGGAGGCAGAUGCCGUUCAAGAACAUCAUAAGACUGCAGACGGAAAAGACAAGGCAACUGAAGAAGAGCUGGUCACGAAGGAGUAUCACCAGAAACAAGAUUUGGAAGAUGCCAGUGUUAUAAGACCUCGUAGAUUGCCAUCAAUGAGAAGGUCUUCUGGAAGUGUUACUGUACUGAAAGACAAUGAGGCUGUCUCAGAAGUGAAUAUUUCUGGCCUGUUGCCUGGAGAAGAAUCAGGCAAGACAAAAAGGGUAUCUCGGAAGAGGAAAAGUGGUGACUUGUUACUUCAGCCUUUAGGAAACAGAAAGAGAGUGUCUUUUGGUGGUCAGCUAAGUCCAGAACUUUUUGAUAAAAGUUUGCCUGCCAACUCGCCACUUAAGAAAGGUGCAACUCCUGCCAGACUGAGUUUACCGAUGGGAAACUCGCCACGAGCUGUUCUGAAGAAGGCUCAGGGACUGAAGUGCUUUGCAGCCCAGGAACUUUCUGAACAUUGGCAGAAAGAAAAAAUGUCACCAAAAAAUUUGCCAGCCCAAAAGUCCCCAGCUGCCUCAUCCCCUGCCUCAGGGAAGGCAACAUCUAGAUUUACUUCAGGCUCUCCAGAACCUUACACAAAAGGACGUUUCUCUGUUUCUCACAUCACAGCACUGUUACCAAUUGCAGAAGAGAAGGAUGCUGUUGCAGAAGACAUGAAUACAAAGGAGAAAACUGGUGCCUGGGUGAAAACAUCUAAGUGUUCUGACAUUAACCAAGAUGAUAAAACCUUUUUAACAGCUACACCUGAGAAAUUAGCAAGUGCACAAUUUGCUUCGAAGAUCACUCCCAUGAAGAGCAGAAGUGGAGCUCUAGCAGUUAUCAAUGCAAAAAGAAGAAGCGGUGCCUCUACUGCCAAUUUAUUAGUUGCAAAAUCUUGGGCAGAAGUGGUAAAACUAGGUGUCGUAAGACCACAGUCAAAGACCCGUAAAAAGAGUGUCCGUAAAGGAAGACCCCUGAAGAAGAAAACCCAGUCACCAAAGGCUCCAGAAAGAAAAAUAAAAGAUCAUUUUAGUACAGGUCAUGCAGAGUCACCUGCUACAAUAGUUGUAGGUAGAGCUUAUUCUACCACAGUCAGAGCAGCUGGACAGGUCCCUAAAGUUGUAAAAAAUCCUAUCUUGAAGCCAAACAUGAAUAUGGACGAAAGCUUCACAGGAAUGACUGAAAUGUUUCAAACUCCAGAAAAUAAGAGUGGGAAAAUGUUACCUUUGGCCACUGUUCAGAAGACUGAUUUUACACCAACAUGUACUGCAGUGGAUACUUCUGAACUGCACACUCCUGAAGAAUCUGGAGAGAUGAUGGUGUCACCGUUAAAUAGUUCAGAUGGUUCAGAACAGAAACAAGAUAGUCCAGGCAUUUCUAGCUUUCUGAGAGGAGAGUCUCUAAAGUCUAUGUCUGAUGCAAUAUCCACAAAAACUGAAAAAAGAAAAUCUAUGCUGGAAGAAAGUGUUAGUGUGGAUAAUUUGUCAAUAAUUCCAGAAAAAGAAGCAUCUCGGGUGAAAUCAGGAAGUAAAAGGAGGACCUCAAAGCAGAAGCUGAAGCCAAUUGAGGCUAUGUCAGACAUCAAGCAGCUUUUAAGGACCCCAGAGCAAAGUUCUGAACCCAUAGAGGCUUUGUCAGGCAUCAGGCAGCUCAUGGAGACCCCAAAGCGGAAGUUGGAGCCUGUAGAGGCUUUGUCAGGUAUCAAGAAGCUCAUGAGGACCCCGAAGCAGAAGUCGGAGCCUGUAGAGGCUCUGUCAGGCAUCAAGCAGCUCAUGAGGACCCCGAAGCAGAAGUCGGAGCCUGUAGAGGCUCUGUCAGGCAUCAGGCAGCUCAUGAAGACCCCGAAGCAGAAGUCGGAGCCUGUAGAGGCUCUGUCAGGCAUCAAGCAGCUCAUGAGGACCCCGAAGCAGAAGUCGGAGCCUGUAGAGGCUCUGUCAGGCAUCAAGCAGCUCAUGAGGACCCCGAAGCAGAAGUCGGAGCCUGUAGAGGCUCUGUCAGGCAUCAAGCAGCUCAUGAGGACCCCGAAGCAGAAGUCGGAGCCUGUAGAGGCUCUGUCAGGCAUCAGGCAGCUCAUGAGGACCCCGAAGCAGAAGUCGGAGCCUGUAGAGGCUCUGUCAGGCAUCAGGCAGCUCAUGAGGACCCCGAAGCAGAAGUCGGAGCCUGUAGAGGCUCUGUCAGGCAUCAAGCAGCUCAUGAGGACCCCGAAGCAGAAGUCGGAGCCUGUAGAGGCUCUGUCAGGCAUCAAGCAGCUCAUGAGGACCCCGAAGCAGAAGUCGGAGCCUGUAGAGGCUUUGUCAGGCAUCAAGCAGCUCAUGAGGACCCCGAAGCAGAAGUCGGAGCCUGUAGAGGCUCUGUCAGGCAUCAGGCAGCUCAUGAGGACCCCGAAGCAGAAGUCGGAGCCUGUAGAGGCUCUGUCAGGCAUCAAGCAGCUCAUGAGGACCCCGAAGCAGAAGUCGGAGCCUGUAGAGGCUCUGUCAGGCAUCAAGCAGCUCAUGAGGACCCCGAAACAAGAGCUGGAGACUGUUACAGAUGAAAUUACUGAUGAAAGGUUGCUGAAGGCACCAGUACAAGAAAGGGGUGCAGUAAAAGAUGUGGCAGGUCUUACUUUAAUCAAGAAAAGUCCAAAGGUGAAAUAUCAACCAGUAGAAGACAUGAUUGGGGUCAGCCGUAUUUUCAAGACACCAAAGGAAAAAGUUGAACCUGUAGAAGAUAUGUUUGGUAUUAGCAGAUUAGUGAAGACUCCAAGAGAGAAGCAUCAACCAGUUGAUGAUUUUGUGGGUCUCCAAAGGCUUAUGGCAGAACCCAGGGGAAGAUGUUCUGAUUCUGAAUUGGACUAUGUUGGAGUUACAGAAAUGUUUGAUAUACCAGAGGAAAUUAAGACCAAGUCAGUAAGUGUUACGGAUUCUAGGCAAGAAGAUACUGCACCUCUUUGUACUAAUUCCAGUCAUAAAUACGAUGUUUUAGACAAUGAAGGAAAUAUUCCACAAGGUAAAGAUUCUCGACAGAAGGAAUCAACUCGUGAAGACCAGACCACCCAGAUACUAACAAGGGGCAGAUCAAGGAAGACAACACAUUCUGCUUCAGCAAAGCAGUGUGAAAAGGAUUUGAAUUUAAAAGAACUGCAAAGUUUGGGGAAAAAGAAUACCCAAGAAGAGAUGGGAGAGAUCAGUAAUUCGACUUCAGGAGCAAAAAAUGAAGGAAGAAGAACAAGAACAAACAGUCUCAUACAAGAAGAAAUUGUUUCAAAGCACCCUCUUCAGGAAAAAGUUGUGGUUGUUCAAUUUGUGGAAUCACAUGGAGCUACUCAAGGACCAGGAAGAGGUAAAAGGGAAAACCCGAAGGAGAUAAGACAUCCAAGUGAGAAUCUUGAAUCUUGUAGCAAAGAUUCUUCAGUGCUACAAAAAGAACCUGAUAAUAUGAAACAGGCAUUGCAGGAGUGUAGUAUCAAUGACACAUUAUCAACUGAAGAUGAUCCAGCCAUAAAGACAGCAAAUGUAUCUAGGAACAUUCAAAAUGAAAGUUGUCAACUGCAAACAGGUUUAAUAAAAGGUGAAAACAAAUCUAGUGAAGGUGGUGUAGAAGACAGCGAAGAAAUGUUUCUGUUGCCUGGGAAGAGGUCUAAAAGAGUAAAAGAAAAAGAAAACACAGAACCAGUGGCUCUACCUAAAAGAGGAAGAGCUAAAAAUACUGAAGUUAAACAAGCUUUUUCGGAGGACCUUCAUGAGACAGCAAGGAAGCUUCGUAGUGAUCUAUCAGCGAAGAUGAUAAAAACAGAUGAACAGGCUUUUGACAAAGAUACUGAGACUGCUACAGCAGAAGAAUCUGAAAAUGGAAGUAAACAUGAAAUAAAGAUAACAGGGAAAAGGGUGAAGUCUUUACGCAGUGCUAGAAAACACUCAGUUGAAGUAAAAGCAGAUGUUUGUGGGACGGCACUUGAAAAUAUACAAAAUAUUCAGAAAAACGAGGAAAUUGAAACUGAUACUGAGACACAAUCGCAUGUCAAAAAUAAGAUUAAAGUAUCUCAGGGAGAUGAAACAGAUAAUGCUCAGGAAAGCACAACAGAGGCAUCUCAAAGAUUAAAGGCAGAGUCACCUGGAGAGAUAAACAAAAUGCCAGUUACUGCUCUCAACUUGGAAGCAAACAGAAGUGCAGUACAGGGAACAAAUAGAACUAGAAACAGGAGAGGCAAAAAAGACUCUUUGGAGAAAAAGGCUGAUGAAUUUGCCAAAGAUGUAAACAACCUAGAAAUAAUGACUCCCAACUUGAAGUCAGAAAUGGAAAUGGACAAAUCUCUCAAAGAUUCUUUGGGCUUUGUUUGUGGCAAGAAUACGUACCAAGUCAUGAAGGACCAGAACAACCCAGCUGCCACAUCAGUACCUGCUGCAAACAGUGACAGUCUUGCUCUUAGCCCUGAAAAGCGGACAAGAAAUGAACACAGAAUACUUGAAGCAAAGCAAACUGAAAUCCUGCAAGAGAAUCAAGCACAAAAAAAUGGAAUGGCAUGUAGAAGAGGUAGAAGUAGAAAAGUAAAUUCUGAACUUGAAGUCAGUUCCAGAGCAGUUGGAGGAAAAAGGAGUUUGCCUGGGAAUGACAAAGGAAUGACUUACGAAGGUGGUCAACAUGAGACUUCAGAAAAUCCUUCUUCACAAGUAAGGAAGAGCAGAAGAAAGCAAGUUGAUUCCGUUCCACAAAUAACUUGUUCUAGGUUUGUGGAAAAACAAACAUUAAUUGCAGAUCAUAGUAAAGUUGAGGCUUUUGUAAAGGAGCAAGAUUCAGCUUUGGAAGCUACUCCCUCUUCACUGGAAGAUAAUCCACUGAGACGAGGGAAAAGACGAGAGGUUGCUGCAGCAUCACAGACAUCUAGAUCUCUUUCUAUCAGAAAAAGACAUGGGUUGCUAGAAGGUGAUGAUAAAAAGAUGACUGUGAGAGAAGAUCAAAAUCCAGCUUUGGGAAAUAAAACUUCACAGACAAAAGCAAAUGCAUCAGCAAGGGGCAAAAGGAAAACAAUUGAUCCAGCAACAGAGGAAAAACUUUCAUCUCUCCGGAGAAAACGUGGCUUGUCAGAAACUGAGAGUAAAGAGGAGGGUGCUAAUGAAGCACAAAAUAUGUCUUUGGAAAGAGUGUCCUGUGCAAAAGAGAAGCCAUUAGGAAGGGGCAGAAGGAAAGAAACUGCUCUGACGUCACAUACAACUAAUUACAUUUCUCUUCGAGGAAAACACGGUUUGCCAACAGAUAAUGGUAGAGUAGAAGUUGCUAAAGAAGGUGUUCCAUUAGAAAAUUUAAGUUCAUCUGUAAAAGAAAAUCAACUGAGAACAGGCAGAAGGAAUGAAAUUGCUCUCUUGUUAGAAGCCUCAAAUUGUACUAUUCAGGGGAAACAGGACUUAUCAAAAGAAAGUGGUAGAAAUAAUAAUUACAGGAAAGCAAAAAAUCUGAUUUUGGGAAGUUCUGCUUCCCAAGAAAAAAAUAAUCUGUCAAAAAGGAACUCAAGGCAAGCAACUACUUCGCUGGCUGUUAGUUCCAUCUCACUUCGAGGUUUGCCAGAAGGUGGUAAGAAUGAAACUCCUGAAGAACAAGAGAAUGUACUUUUGGAAGGAGCUCCAUGUGCAAGAGAAAAUCCAUCAAGAGCAGACAGAAAGAAAACAAUUUCUUCCAAAUCUGAAGAAACUAGUUCUGCUUUUCUCAGGGAAAAACCUGGCUUGCUGGAAGGUAGAGGUCAAAGGAAAAUUCUUGAAAAUGAAAAUACAUCUCUAGAAAAUAAUUCAUCCCAGGGAAAAACAAGGCAAUUGAGGAAUAGAAGGGAAAAGGUAGAAUUCAAAUCAGAGGCAGCUACUUCUACUUCUGUCUGUAAAGAGGGUGACUUGCCAGAAAACAGUAACACUUUGGAAACUCAAAAUGUGUGUUUGACAUCCACUGGUUCCGAAAAAAAUAAUCAGUCUGGAAAAGGAAAAGAGGCUAACCCUAUACAGCAGGCAACUUCCACCUCUCGCAGAAGAAAGUGUCAGUUGCCAGAAGAUGACUUAGCAUCCAAAAAACUAAAAUCAGAGAAUGAUGAAGAUAGAUCGCUACAAACAGGAAAAAGGAACAAAACUAAAGAAGAUGUAAAGGUGACUCAGGCUGCUGGAGGCACGGACAGGAAGACAAGAUCAAGUGCAAGAACAAGAAAAUAGUCUUAACAGUCACAGACUGUUUUUAAAUUUUUAAAUCAAUUCAGUAAUUGAAAUUCCAGGGUUUUUUGAUGUGAACUGAUUUGCAUUCAGAUUUUAAGCUCAGAUUUUGUAAAAUAAAGAAUUAUAGUAUUAUCAAAGUAUAUUUCGUAACAUGUUUACAGAUACAGCAUAGGUAUCUGUUUUAAUAGAUCUGUCUUAUGUGUAGCAGUUCCUAAACUGUGGGGUGCUUGUGCAAAACUGCAAACAAAUCUGUUUAUCCCCCUUUCUCUUUUAAUCAGUACAGCAGUCAGGAAGCCAUAUUAAUUUACUGUCAGUUUAGUCAAGCUAUUUUCUGCUUAAAUUUUCUGGUGCUUAAGCCUUAUUUUUCAUUACAGUUCUGUAAAUAUUAUCUUGAAGUAUAGAUAUAUUAGCAGAACUAUUAUAUUGACAUUUAGAUUAUUAUUUUUUUAAAAAAAUAAGUUCAUUGUACUGAAAAGUGCAGAUUUGUAAGUCAUUAAAUUUGUAAACUGUC